AUGAAGGCCUCCGCCCUCUCAGCGCUGAUCAUCUCCUCGGCCACCAGCAUAGGCUAUGCAACCGCCGCAGCUGUAGGCCGUGCACCAUCGGCCCAGGAUGGUAACCCGCACCACCACCACGCUGGUGCAGCAGUCGCCCGCAUCCCGACCUCGUACGAGUCUGCGGUGCAGGCUCGCCGCAUCCUCGCAAAGACACCGCUCGCGACACUGUCGACCGUCUUCCCUCACUCCUCACACUCGUCCGACGACGACGACGAGAAUGAGCAUCAUGUCCACCACUUCGAGCGCCGCCCCACCGGUCUUGAAGACGUCCCCAUUGGGCUGAUGGACUACAUCGCCGACUGCGAGGACAGCGGCAACCCGACGAUCCUGGCCAUCCGCAUCGCCACAACCUUCAAGAACGUCGCGGCGGGUAGCAACAUCAGCGUGGCCCUGCAGUGGACGCCGCCCCACCCGCCCGCGAAGCGCAUCGAGUCCUCCUCCUCCUUCCUGUCCCGCGUCUCCGAGCACAUCUUCGGCCCCGCUGCCGAAGAGGAGGAGUACGACCCGGUGCCCUACAGCGCGGCAAACCUCCCCCGCUUCUCGCUGCUCGGCUACCUGGAGCCCAUCGAGAGCAGCGAUGACGACACUGAGCUGCGCAGCUGCUUCGUCGACGCGCACCCGGACGCCAAGUACUGGCUGCCGGGCAACAGAAUCCACAGCUCCGAGUUCGUGCGCGUGGUCGUGACCCAGAUCUAUUGGAUCGGCGGCUUUGGUGACAGGGCAUACAUCGGCUGGAUUCCCGUCGAGGAGUGGCAGAACGUCACCCGCCAGGAGUGGGAGGAUAUUCGCCUUCCCGGCGAGAAGAAGGGCUGGAAGGAGUGGAGUGCGGACUUGUAG